AUGGCCACCGCCCGCAUCCGCACUCCAGAUGAGCCACCUAGCGCAGCUUGGAACUUGGAGGGUGCCGACUACGUCGGCUUCCGUAAAUGGCCGCAUCAAGAUGAGUUCGAGGACAGAGAUAGUCCACAAUGCGCAACAGAGGAUCGGGGUCCAACUAGACCUCCAGAAAUUAACGCAUGGCCGGACCAGGAUGAUGAGGACGACCCAAAUUGGACGCCAGAUGCACAGAUUUCCAGUGAUGAAGAGCCUCUGGAGUAUGAUUCCGGAUGGGAGACUGAGAGCGACGGUAUCGAACCUGAUGUCUCAUAUAUGUCUGGUGAGGAGGACAGCGACUAUUCAAAUGCUGCGCCUGACCAGUACCCUCUUGCGGAUCUUUAUGAAACCACAUUUCCUGAUCGUUUACCGCACGGCACAUGGCACAACGGUCUAGCCUACUACACAGGUGAUCGCCAACAGUCGCAGAAAUGGUCUCUACUAAGCCCCGACGAUUCGAAUGUCCCCCCAGAACACAUCACAUCACCCUCAUGUCAAAGUCUGCAAGGUAUCAACGGCCAUGUCCUCAGCGUUGCACAAAUGAAGAACUGUCGGAAUAUUCGAUAUCUCGUCCCCAAGUCGUCAAGCUGGAAAGCUGAUUCCAGCGAUCAACUUCUCGAGGCAAGCCGUGAUAACUUGUUCUACGUAUCUGGAGAGUCAAACGGCUCAAAUAUGAUUGAGAGUCGAAAUUUCAGAGGAACUCAUUCGUUUUACCCACCACGACAUGGAUUGAAGGAAAUAAGCACAAGCUGGGUGUAUGUUAGCGAAGGUUGCAUGGAGCUUGAAGAGUUGCUGGUACCACUUCCAGUACAUUCAUAUUGUCUCGAUAUAUAUGCGAAAACCUCAAUGCGCCGCCUGGGAUAUGUUGAUUUGAAUGGAUUGUGGCACUGGCGUGAGAUGCGAAACAUGCCAGCUUCAUACGGCCUUGAAGAUCGUAUUCCAGAACGUAUACGGAAACAGACACACUUGGCAGAACUGCAACGAGCCCGCACGCAGUGGGACUUCCCUUGGCUCCAUAUCCCUGGCGAUGAGUGGCUUGUCGCAAACCCUGUUGAGAUCCCCGGUAUAUCUCGAGUAUUCGAGUCAUGCAUGGAAGACCUGGAAAUCAAGAGGCACAACCAGCACACGACAGGGUUCUUGGCCCUGCCCGCUGAGGUUAUCCAACAUACUCUGUCGUAUCUUGACAUAACUGACGUCGACAACGUGGCCAAGACGUGCAGGGCGAUAUUCACGCUUGUGCAGCCAAUAUUCAGAGAAAGUGUACUGAAAGACAUGCCUUGGCUUUGGGAGGUUCUUGAGAAUAAUGAAUAUCCUGCAUCUCGUGACUGCCUACCGACAUGGGAUCCUCUUUGUCCUUUGGGUAUACCACCACCUGUACUCCCCAUCGGCUUAGAGCCUGAAGAAGAAGAGGAGGAUCGAUGGGCACUAAUUCUCUCUGAGGAGCCUGAGAUGGAACAAGCCCGUAAUGUGACCAAGGCCGCUAACCGUCAGCGCCGGGGGAGAUUAUUGCACCGUAUCAUGAGAAGCUGA